AAAUAAAAAAAAAUAAAAAUAAAUACAGCGUCUGGGGUACCCAGUGGCAAAAAGAAAAACGUGGUGGAGGGCACGAAAGAAAUUUCCUAUUGAAAUACAUUAGAUGAAAGUCGUGCUGCAUGACACGAAAAAAGAGGGAAAUUCGUGUCCAUGAACACGAAUCAAUAGAUUAAAUUUCGUGACUAUAUCACGAACUGCCGUGAGACUGGGUUGUUUAUAUAGUGUUUGUCAGUAAGAGCCUACUGAUUGUCUUCAUGAUGACCAUCAUCUCUCUGCUCCUGCUGGCCUCUCUGCUGCCACACCUGACCUUCACUGCUCAUGUGGAUGUUGGUAUAGUGAACGGCACAGAAGCAAAACCCCAUUCCAGACCUUUCAUGGUUUCUCUUCAGAAGAACUGGCGACAUGUCUGUGGUGGAUUCCUCAUUUCUGAUGGAUUUGUUUUGACCGCUGCACAUUGCUGGAAAAAUGAGAAACUAACAGCUGUGGUUGGUGCACAUGACCUAAGACAGAAUGAAGGGUCUGUCCGCAUUGGUGUGAAGUCCUACCACAUGCAUCCAAACUUCACAAUUCACACUUUGCAGAAUGACAUUAUGCUUUUGAGGCUAGAGAAAGAAGUCGAACAAAACAAGAAUGUCAUGAAGAUUUCCAUAAAAACAAAGAAAGACACUGAAGACACUGAAGACACUGUCUGCAGUGUCGCCGGCUGGGGAAGACUGAGUUUUAAAGGGAAAAAGAGUUAUCGUCUCAUGGAAGCAGAUGUGAAGAUCAUGAAUAACACAGAAUGCAAAAAUAAAUGGAAAGACAAAUUCUCAGCCUCAGAGAUGAUGUGCGUCUACGGCCAUGGAGGAAGCUGUAGCGAGGAUGGAGGAGGUCCUUUGGUUUGUGAAGACAUUGCAGUCGGUGUCACUUCCUUUGGUGACCCAAAAGUCUGCAAUAGUCGUGAACGACCUGUAGUUUAUAUAAAGAUUUCUCCAUAUAGUGAAUGGAUCUGCUCCACUAUUCGAAAUGUUGAGUGAUUUUUGCAAUCAAACAGAAUGAAGUAUUUGUUUAAAUGGUCAAUAAUAAUAAUAAAAAAAACUAUG